UUUCUUCCACUCAAAUUUUUUCCAUAAUGGACUUGACUUUGUGGGUGUGAAAAGAACACAAUGAGUAUUCCCUUCUUUUUACGUCGAUCAAGAAAGCUUCUUGUUUGUCAUUAAUCUAAUUCCAAUCCAUAGGAUAUGGCAGAAACCUCAGCGAAAUCCUUUCUGCAAGCAUUGCGUUCUUUAAUAUUGCAAGAGGAUGGACUGGUUUGCAAUAGGAAGAGUGAAUCCAUAGAAACAAUAAUCCAUGACGCGGACAAUUAUAUCGAUCAGUAUGUCCCUGAGACGAGAAGUCAAGAUGGGUCUGAUCAGAAGGCACAAUUUUGCAGUGAAUUAGAGAAGAUCGAUACACGUCUUGCCGGAAUUUCAAGCCAAAGAUCUCAACUCAACAUGCCACUGCUGCCGAUGUCAGAAGCAAAAGAAGAAAUUGGGCAAAGUUCUUCUGGUGAUGGUGUUGAUGUAGUAGGUGAGGAAUCUCUUGCUCCCUUUGCAUUGAAUUAUAGAAACUUGCCUUCUUGUCUCAGAUCCUGCUUACUGUACUGUUCUCUCUUCUCUGAGAAUAUUUUAAUAAGUAGAGGAAGAUUAGUUCGGCUAUUGGUUGCUGAAGGUAUUAUACAAGAAAGAGCAGGGGAAGUAAUGGAGAAUAUUGCUGAAGAAAAUAUCAACCAACUAGUUGGCCAAGGAAUGCUUCGAGUGGAAAUUAAAUACAAAAAUGAAGUGAUCGAAGUUGUGGACCCUUAUCUUAAAAUCUGUCGACAUAAGCUGCACCAAGGAAAAGGUAUGGAAGGGAAUCUACUGUUUUCAGAUUCUAAUUUUCCCAAGAGUUCCUCCAUAGUUUUCAUUCUAUACAGUGGUGAAACUAUCACUUGUAGUAGCUUCAAUGAUCACCCUGUGCGAUCAUUAUUUGUCAUUGGAGACAUUUCAACAGGAUUAACUUCUGCAGACCAUUGGGAGGAAGGCAUUCCUGACAAUCACUGGACCUGCAUAAGAAAAGCCAUCCAUAAUUUCAAUUUCUUGAGGGUUUUGGAACUUGAGAAUCUUUGUAUCAAGAGCUUACCAGAAGAAAUAGGAGAUCUGAUACAGUUGAGGUAUCUAGGCUUAAAACAUUCAGCACUGGAUGAGAUUCCAGAGAGCAUAGGUAAUCUUCAAAAUCUACAAACUUUGGAUAUUAGAUACCCAAGAAGUCUAAGGGUAUUGCCAGGAGCAGUUUUGAAUCUUCUACAGUUGAGGCACCUUAAGUUGUCAAUGAUGUUUAAAAUAAAAGUCCCCUCAGGUAUGGGUAUAUUAACAAACCUCCAGAGUUUAACUGGAUUAUAUGUAAGACAUGGCAUCAUUGAAGAAUUAAGAAGUUUAACUCAACUCAGGAAACUAGAAUUGAUUGAUGUAUCAGAAGAACAUGGCAGUGAGCUCUCUGCUUCUAUAAUGAAGAUGACAGGACUUGUGUCUUUAUCUCUGGCUACAAAAGACAUAAUAGCUUACCUACUCGACUAUGAGAAUGAUGAACUGUUGCCUACACUCGAGCAAUUUUCACCACCGCCAUCUAUCAAAAGACUUCACCUAUAUGGGCGUCUAAUGGAUCUACCUCACUGGGUCUGCACCAUGGAGAACCUCACUAUGCUAAAAUUAGUUUAUUCCUUUCUAUCUGAAGAAGCAUUUUCUGUACUUCAAUUUCUUCCCAACUUGAAAUAUCUAAGACUUUGGGGAGCUUACGAGGUCAAAGUAAUAAACAAGGAUUUUUUCAAGGUGGGUGGGUUUCCUAAGCUAGAGACACUUAUUAUUUAUUCUAAGAAUCUACUAGAAUGGACUGAGAUUGAAGAAGGGGCACUCCCAAGUUUGGCAUUCCUCUUCUUCCUCUAUUGUGAACGAUUGAGGAAUCUUCCAGAAGGACUGCAAUAUAUUAGCAUGCUAAGAGUACUGGAGAUAUGUCCCUUGCACCCAGAUCUUGAACGGAGGUUGAAAUGUGAUGGAGGCAAAGAUAAUUACAAGAUCAAACACAUCCCAAAAAAACUUUUUUUCUCUUCAUUCCUAAACACAUGGGUUGAAAUUUAAUGCCAUGUUCUGUCAACUGAAGAAAAAGAAAAUUACAAAAUGAAGCACAUCCCUUGGGUACGAAUUUUCUUUACAAUUUAAAUUAUUUUUGACUCUUACAUAUUUUUUUUUUUAAGGGGCACGAUAGGUCCAAUGGUAAGAUAUGAAUGUUGCGACUUGGUGGUCAUGUAGUUGAAACGGCCUCUCGACAUUCUCGUGGUAAGGCUAUGGAGUUCGCAUCACCCCAGACUUCACACAUGCGGGAGCCUCGUGCAUCGGAUCACAUUGUAGUGAUAUGAGCUACUUUUGACAUCUGUAAAUGAAUUCAUAUCUUAAAGGGUGUUUGCCAAGCUUGGUUGAAACAAAGAGAAUUAUAAGAUCAAACAUGAGCCAAGUGAAGUUCAUAUCCCUAUAUCUCGGGUGGCACAUGUAUCUAAUAAAUGAUUUUGUAAAAUAGAUCUCAAUAGAUUUCUAUUGAAUAAGGUAUCUUCUUAUUGGCAAUCCUUAAGGUGUCAAAUAUUUGUAAUUUUAUAUUUCUAUCUUCUUAGUAUGACACAUUUCUUCUUUUAAUAUGAAUAAAAAUGUCAAUUCAUA